AUGGCGGGAUCAAGCGAUUUGGAGGCCAACAGGGUCUCGCCUCGGUACGAGGGCGUUGACGACACCACCACAGAAAAGCCUGUCAAUCAGGGAACAGGCUCAAGACUACACCCCUCAGUAUACAUCUUGACAUGGAUCUUCUUCUCCAACGUUACUAUUCUAUUCAAUAAGUGGCUCAUUGACACUGCUGGAUUCCGAUAUCCCAUCAUUCUCACCACAUGGCAUCUUGUCUUUGCAACUAUAGCGACUCAGAUCCUUGCUCGAACAACCUCCCUUCUCGAUUCUCGUCAUGCCAUUCCUCUUUCUCGACGACUCUACGUACGGACCAUCCUUCCUAUCGGCGUUCUUUACUCGGCCUCGCUCGUUUUCUCCAACAUCGUCUACCUCUAUCUGUCGGUUUCUUUCAUCCAGAUGCUCAAGUCCACCGGUCCAGUGUUCACUCUUAUCGCAUCAUGGGUAUGGGGCGUUGCUCAACCUGACAGCAAGACAUUUGGCAACGUGAUGAUUAUUGUAGUUGGUGUUGCUAUCGCCAGCUUUGGAGAAAUUGAAUUCUCUGUGGCGGGUUUCAUCUUCCAGAUGUGUGGUACCAUCGCCGAAGCUGUCCGCGUCGUCAUGAUUCAAGUCAUGCUGAGUGCAGAGGGUCUUCGAAUGGAUCCCCUCGUCGGUCUUUACUACUAUGCACCCGUCUGCACCCUCAUGAAUUUCGUCGUUGUCGCCUUCAGUGAGGGUCCUCGAUUCAAAUGGGAAGAUGCAGCGAGUGCAGGCUAUGGCAUGCUCUUUGCCAACGCUUGUCUUGCAUUCGCCCUGAACAUCAUCAGCGUUGUCCUUAUCGGUAAGACCUCAGGACUUGUCAUGACUCUUAGUGGUAUUCUGAAAAGCAUCCUCCUUGUGGCUGCUUCCGUUGUCAUCUGGGGCACCCACAUCAGUCUUCUCCAGACGCUCGGAUACUCGAUUGCUCUCAUGGGUCUCGUUCUGUACUCCAUUGGUUACGAACAGCUACUCAACACGUGGGAGGAGAUAGUUGCUUGGGGUACAGGUUCGCUCAACCGUGAGGGCGAGAUGUCUCCUACGUUACGCAAGGCAAUCAUGGUUGGUUGCUUGGGUUUCAUCACUGUUAUCAUUGCCGGAGCCUUGUGGCAUUACCAUGGACUCUCUGGCACACAAGUGGCGCGAGCGACAUCAUCGUUGCUAAGCCAUUAA